GAGAAGAGAGGUCGAAGAUGAAGGUGCAGCGUCUGAUCUUGGUGGCUGUUUUCUUCUACCUUGCAUGUAUGGAGUUGGUCAACGGGCAACCUCGCAAGGAUUGCCAAACUAGAUGUGGCAACGUCACAAUUGAGUACCCUUUCGGCACUUCUCAAGGUUGUUACUAUGCUGACGACCCUAGUUUCAAUCUCACAUGUAACGAUAAAGAGAAGCUAUUCUUUCGAAAUAAUAUUGAAGUAAUCAACAUUUCUCAUAGCGGGGAGCUACGCGUCAUGACUAAUACUUCCUACGCUUGCUACGAUAGCCAAGGAAAUUCGAAUGGUAGUCGUUACUACACUUACAGGCUGGGUAGUUUAUCUCUCUCCCACAAAAACAAGUUUAAUGUAGUAGGCUGUAACGCUGUAGCACUUCUGAGCACUUUUGGACCGCAAAAUUACUCAACUGGAUGUUUGUCAGCGUGUAACUUUCCACCUCUGGCAAAUGGAGACUGUAAUGGCGCAGGUUGCUGCAGGACAGAUGUCUCUGACCCGUAUGAUAGCUAUUCAUUCCAAACUCGCUCAUCUCGUUUGCAGAACAUGACUUCUGUGUAUGACUUUAAUCCUUGCACAUAUGCCUUUCUCGCCGAAAAUGGUACUUUUCACUUUGAUGCUUUGGAAGAUCUUAAGAACCUACGGAAUGUCAAUGAGUUCCCUCUGGUACUGGACUGGUCUAUCGGAAACCAGACAUGCGAGCAAGUUGGAAACAGAAGCAUAUGUGGUAUGUUUAACAGCACAUGUUUCAAUUCUACUCGUGGAACCGGGUAUAACUGCAAAUGUUUAGAAGGUUUUGAAGGAAAUCCUUACCUUUCAAAUGAACAUGGUUGCCAAGACAUCAAUGAGUGUACUACUAAUAGUACUAUCCAUAAACAUAACUGCUCGGAUCCCAGCACCUGUAGAGACAAGGUUGGAGGCUUCGAUUGUAAGUGCCAGUCUGGUUACCGCUUAGAUACAACCACUAUGAAAUGCAAGCAUAAAGACUUUGGAUGGGCUACUAUUCUUCUUGGAACAACCAUCGGCUUCUUGUCCAUCCUGCUUAUCAUUAGCUGUGUACAACAGAGAAUGAAGCACCGGAAGGCAGCUGAGCUCCGACAAAAAUUCUUCGAACAAAAUGGUGGCGGCAUGUUAGUACAGAGACUCUCAGGACCAGGGACAUCAAAUGCUAAUGUAAAAAUCUUUACGGAAGAAGGCAUGAAGACAUCAACCAAUGGCUACGACAAGAGCAGAAUCCUUGGCCAGGGGGGACAAGGAACCGUCUACAAAGGGAUAUUACCAGACAACUCCAUAGUUGCUAUAAAGAAAGCUCGGCUCGGAGACAACAGCCAAGUAGAGCAGUUCAUCAACGAGGUGCUAGUGCUUUCCCAAAUCAACCACAGGAACGUGGUCAAGCUCCUAGGAUGUUGUCUGGAGACAGAAGUUCCCUUGCUGGUCUAUGAGUUCAUUAACAGCGGCACCCUUUUCGAUCACUUGCAUGGUUCCUUGUUUGGUCCUUCUCUAACAUGGGAACAACGCCUGAGAAUAGCAGUGGAAAUUGCUGGAACUCUUGCUUAUCUUCACUCAUCUGCUUCUAUUCCAAUCAUCCACCGAGACGUCAAGACUGCUAAUAUUCUCCUGGAUGAGAACUUAACUGCAAAGGUAGCUGACUUUGGGGCUUCAAGACUAAUACCGAUGGAUAAAGAGCAGCUCACUACCAUGGUCCAAGGUACUAUAGGCUACUUAGACCCAGAAUAUUACCAUACAGGACUGUUAAACGAAAAGAGUGAUGUUUAUAGCUUUGGGGUAGUUGUCAUGGAACUUCUCACUGGCCAAAAGGCAUUGUGCUUCGAAAGGCCACAACAGUCAAAACAUCUGGUGAACUACAUUUCGUCUGCCAUGAAAGAGAACAGGUUGCACGAGGUUAUAGAUGCGAAAAUAAUCAACGAGAAUAGCUGGAAGGAGAUCAAUGAAGCUGUCAGAGUUGCUAUGGAGUGUACAAGAGUGACAGGAGAGGAAAGGCCACUGAUGACGGAAGUAGCUGCAAAGCUUGAGGGCUUGAGAGUCACAAAAGCCAAACAUCAGUGGUCAGAUCAGUAUCCUGGGGACGAGACUGAGAACUUGGUCGGUGUUGGAGUCUUAUCAGCGCAAGGCAAUACAAGUAGCACUGGCUAUGACAGCAUCAAGAAUGUAGCAAGCAUGCAAGUUGCAGCUGGUCGCUGAUAUCUAUUACUCAAGCCCCUGUCUCAAUCACGUUGAGUCUUUUUUUUUUAAUGAAAAAAUAAUAUCAUUUCUAUAUAGUUUCUCACCUCUUUUGGCUCACUUAAACAGUUUAAAACUAGAGUAUCAAGACAAUAAUGAAGAACAUGUAUGCAUUGAGAUAUUCUUAUAGACCAUCAGUACUUAUUUUACAGUGUCUAA